AUGUGUGGAAGAUUUGCAGUAGAUUUUGAUCCAGAGACUGUUCGACAAGAGUUUACCGACAGGGGCGUGGAUUUAUCCAAGGACAAGUCAUCGGUUCCUGAUUUUAGCAGGAAUUAUAACGUUGGACCUACCCAACCGGCCAGAGUUUACCAUGAUUCUCGUUUACAAACAAUGAAGUGGGGGUUAAUCCCAUUCUGGACUAAGGAUUUGAAGAAGGCUACGCCAUGGAGAACGUUCAAUGCUCGCAUAGAGACGCUAAGUGAAAGUAGAUUUUGGAAACCUUCGUUGAACCAUCAUAGAUGUAUAGUACCCAUUAGUGGAUACUAUGAAUGGAUAACGGUUAAAGGACAGAAGAUCCCAUAUUUUAUCAGAAGGAGGGACCAUAAAGUAAUGUUUUUAGCUGGGCUUUUUGAUGUAUUGAAACAUGAUAAAGAAGAAGACAAUGGUCAGAAUGGCCAAGAAGAAGGCCAUGAGCGUGAAAAAGAAGAACUAUGGACAUUCACUAUCAUUACAGGGCCGGCACCUGAAAAUCUUACAUGGUUGCAUGAACGCAUGCCCAUCAUCUUAGAACCUAAUACCAAAGAAUGGGACACCUGGUUCGAUCCACAGAAAGAUAGUUGGACCCAGAAAGAAGUCGAUGAGGGAUUGCACACUUUUUACAAUGAAAAGGAGUAUGAGUGCUAUAAGGUACCUCAAGAGGUCGGAAAAGUGCAGAAUAAUGGUAAACAUUUGAUGGAACCUAUCAAAGAGAAGGGGAAGAUCCAUUCUUUUUUUAAACCAAAAUCCGAAGGUUCAGCAUCUACUUCACUGAAAGAAGAAAGCGAAUUCGAGGAAACUGAUGAAGGUGAUACCGCUGAAAUCAAGAGAGAGCACUCAGAUACUAGACCACCCAGCAAUGAUAACGAAUCUGAUGAUCCUCCUGCUAAAAGAGUUAAAAGAGAGCGAAGUUGA